UCAGUUUGAACGCGAGUAUAAGUACAAUUCAAACACUUUCCUCGGCGAAAUUGUGAUAAAUGGAUCUGACAAUGAGGAAAGCUUCGCCCUACGUAUUAAUUUUUGAAGAGCCAGCUCCCAGAGGCGUUGAAUUAACCGUCCAGGACGAUGGAGAAGUGUCCGGAAAAAUAAUUGGAAUAAACAGUACAGCGGAUCACGUAACAUAUCCAAAAAUAUGUAUCGUCAGUUUGACGUCUGUGGCGUACGUCCAGGUGUCCUGUAUCACCAGUGAUGAACCCUAUCGUCCGCACCCUCACAAAUUAUUUCAAAACUGGGAAAAUGGAAAUCCCGAGGAUUUCUCCAGAGGAGUUGUCAAUGCACAAGUCAGAGCGCAUUAUCCAGUCGCUGAAUUAAAAGACAUCAAGCUCCAGUAUAUCUCCAGAGAAGAUGUCAAGAAAGCACUUGGGGAUCGAAAAUCUGUCCCUGUGAAUCCUUUUGGAAAUCCAGAGUGGAGCGAUGCGGAAAUUAAUGGGAUCGAUCUGAAUUCCGUCAGAUUGUGUUUCCAAGUUUUUAUAAAAAAUCCGAACAGUGGAAAGCUUCAAGCAAUCGUCCCAGUGGUUUCAGCCCCAAUUUAUCUGAAACCCCCAACACCAAACGUAAUUACACCCCAGGACGAAAUCCUCGAUAACGGCUCAUAAUAAUUUUUUAAUAAUAAACAGAGGAUAAACACCAGUGGAGUGAUGAAGACGACUCCAAGUUCUGAGAAAAUUCAAUCAACUGGACUUUUGAGGGGACGAUUUUAAUCUGUGAAUUGUUUUAUUGCAGUAACAUUUGUCAAUUGCACGUCGGCAGACACAUUCGACAGUUUCUGAAUAAUUUCCACAAUUUUAUGUUUAGCAAUAAAUUUAUCCUUCGCUUACCACCAA